CUUCUGCAACCACCAGAGCUCCUCGAUUCUAUUGUUACCCCGCGCCAAUUACCCCUCAUCACAACACACACAAUUCGACGACGCUCAACUCUCAACAUGGCUGGGCUCCAGGAGUGGAACGUGACAGAGCCUUGGCUGGACCUCCACUGUGCCCUAGGCGAGGGGCCAUUCUACGACAAGGCUUCGGGCAUAGUGAGAUUUGUCGACAUCAAGCAGAAGCGGGUACACCUCGUCUCGCUCGCAGAGGGGCUACCGUCUCUGAGGACAAUUCAGCUGGAUGUACCCGUAGGCGUUACGUGCAAUAUCGCUGGAGUCGAUCCGCGCCAGCGCAUCCUCAUUGGUAUGAAGACGGGCAUCGCCAUAUUGGAUCUAGAGACCGAAUCGUAUGAGAUGAUCAGCAGCUUCAGUGAGCCUCCGAAUGACCGCCUCCGAGGCAAUGACGGAGGCGCCGAUCCCCAUGGACGUUUCUGGUUUGGCAAUAUGACAGACUUCCCGAGUGGUGAUUGCCAGCCUGAAGGUUCCUUGUACCGCUUUGAUGGGAAGAAGAGCCCAGAGGUGUUCAUGACGGACUUGACCAUCCCAAAUGGCGUUGGUUGGUCGCCUGACAAAAAGACCAUGUACUUUACGCAUUCGUCCGAGGGCAAGGUGUACGCUUUCGACUACGACCUGGAGACCGGAGACGUGUCGAACAAGCGCGUGCUGUAUGAUCACCCCGGGUCUGCUGAUCCCGAUGGCUUCAGAGUUGACGUCCAAGGCAACAUUUGGCAUGCUGUGUAUGGUGAAGGGCGUGUCCUGAAGAUCAGCCCCCAGGGGAAGCUGGUGGGCCAGGUCAUCCUCCCCACGCGCAACAUUACAUGUGUCCAAUUCGCAGGUACCGAGCUCGUCAUCACUACGGCCUCGGACGACUCGGGAGAUGACCAGACGAGCAAGACGUAUGGUGGCGGCGUCUUCAAGGUUGACGUCACCGUUGAAGGCUUGGACCUCUUUGAUUUCAAGCUCUAGCCGGCAUACCUUGGGGAAACAAGACAAUUCUCCCGCGCGAGUAUAUUGUUCUCUUGCCGAUGGGGUAUGGGUCGGUGUCCGGUACCGCACUCGUGCAAUGGGAAGGGCACGAGUCUCUGUGAGCACUCUCAAGGGGGUGUAGAAGUGGCGUGCGGACCCGACUGCAUUCAGCAAGAUCGGUUCAGCCAUGAGCUCUUGUCAGAUACCAUGCAUGCUCCCUUGUCAAUCGCUGUCAAUCGCACGACAAUCUGCAUCGUUGCAACUUUGAACUGGGGAGCCCCAAGUCAACAAUAUUGCACGCCCUGAUCACUAAGUGACACCACCCCUACCGUGGACUCAGUCUCCAUUUGAAUUUUGCCCUUGGAA